CUAAGCUUGUAGGCAAUACACACAAGCCUGAUGCUCAAACCACACUCCUCCCGUCGAGUACCGAGGACGGGAAUGCGGGUGUGGAUGUCGACAACGUAACCACCUUCAUCGACGACCACGAAGUCGGCAAAAUCCCUGGUAUUGGCUUCAAAUUAGCACAGAAACUCCGUGCUCACGUCUUACAACGACCUGCAGAUUUUGAUGCCGGACUUGUUUAUGGCGGCACCAAAGAACCUGUUCUUGUCCGCGAUGUAAGAACGUUUCCUGGUAUGGGUCCUGAGUCGCUUGAACGUUUGCUUGGCGGUCCAGGUGUACCACAUGGUACCGGCUCACGCAUCUGGGGUCUACUGAAUGGAUGUGAUGAUAAGCAGGUUGGACAGGCGAGAGAGAUACCCCGCCAGAUUAGUAUUGAGGAUAGCUAUAUGCGUUUGGAUACUUUAGAGCAGGUGACUAAAGAGCUGAGGAUGCUUGCGAGGAGAUUACUCGAGAGGAUGCAUACGGAUCUACUGGAAGAAGACGAUGAUGCAGAAGAUCAAAAUACAGGCUCAUACACCUCGAGACCAAUGAAGCGGUGGCUAGCCCAUCCUAAAACCCUCCGCUUGUCAACUCGGCCACGCCCACCCCAGAAUCCAGAUGGAAGCCGCAACAGGUCUUUUGCUCGGAUAUCAAAGUCCACGCCCAUGCCCACAUUUGUCUUCAACCUCAACGCAGCUACAACCACCGACGCUAUCGUUGACAAGCUACUUACCGAGGCAUUGCUGCCUUUGUUCCGCAAACUCCACCCACAGAAACGAGGGUGGAAUUUGAGCCUCGUCAACGUUGCUGCGACCAACAUGGCUGAUGCGGCGAGCGAGAGAGGCGGCAUCGGACGGGACAUUGGCAAGAUGUUCAAGCGCCAGGAUGAGGUGCUCAAACAAUGGAGGGUAGAGGAAGAACCAGAUCGAUUUGAAGAAGAGCGUCUAGAAAUAGAGGAGCCCAAGGAAACUCAAGCUGAACAAGAAGAACUAGUAAUGUCAGACGUCUCGUUUGAGCGAGGGGAUGUGAUGAUGGACGAGUGUGAUGGGGGUAGUAGGGAAGAAGGCGGGACCAUCGAGGAACCUGAAGUCCACAACCAGAAAGAGGAAGAUAAUGAAUAUGAUGAUGAAUAUGAAUGGCUGGAGGAAGACGAGCUUGCUCAUCGUGAACCACGCUUUCUCCUGAUGCAGUUGGAGAAGCAGCUUCAGGGAGACGAUUCGGAUCAAGGCGAGCAACAGAUCUUGUUGAUGCAAUCACCUUCUUCGACAGAAGAAGAAGAGAAAGAAGAACACUUGUCCCAAGAGCUCUGGCUAGCAGAAUGGAAAAGCGAACUCGCAGAAGACAACGCCGUUCUACAAAGACAUGGCUCCGAAGACUUCCCUACGGCGUCACAGGACGUGGAAGCUACUGUCAGUGAUGUCUGGGAGGCAGAAGACGACGAUGAUAUGAUGGAUGCGGAGGAUGCGUUUCGGUGCGAAGAAUGUGGAGCAGUCAUGCCGAUAUUUGCGUUGGGUGCACACUAUCGGUGGCAUGAGCACAUGUAG